GGCGGGUAUAACAUAUAAAAAGAGAUGUUGCACUCAUAGAUAUAACUUUGUUGCGGAGCAAUUUUUUAGAAAGCUUCGAGAAGUACGCCACAUUUGUCGCGAAGAGAUCGCUCAUCACAAUGCCGACUGAAGACAGAUCAUUGGACGCUUUGAAAGAGGAAGGCACUGCUACAGUCAUAGAUGGUAGUGACGAUGAAUGGCUUAGACGAGACUCGCAGAGGCUUUAUUCGAUAAAUGAAGGUGGCCCAGUACCAGGUCACUUCUUGUAUAUUGAUGAAAAUGGACUUGUGAGAACAGAUGGGACACAAACAAAUAAAGCUACUGAAUUUAAAGUCCACAUCAUAGACUCGAAGGACGGUCAAGUUGUUAUGUUGGAGCACAAAAAUACUCAGAAAGUUGUUGCAAUAGAUGCAAACAAUGACACUGUCAUUGCAAAGGAUUCUUCUUCAGUGAAUUUAAGACAGUUAAACAACUUGUCCAAGGUUGAAAAGAAACACCCGGACAUUCUGUUCCGAAAGAUACCGAAGUCAGAGGGGAGUGCGCUGUUUCACUUGAAGCCAUACGAGACGCGAAUGGUUGGAUUUAACACGGCAGGCGAUCCCAUUGUGACGACGACUGCUGCUGCAGAAUCCAACAAAGAUGAAUUUCUCUUCGGGAUCAACUUAUAUGAAGGCGCUGUUACAGUCAAAGAUGGUAGUGAUGAUGGAUGGGACAGACAAGGCCCGUUUCUGCUUAGUUCGGGGAGAGGGGCGAGGAAGCGCUACUUGCAUAUUGAUAGCAAUGGAUCCUUGAGGGCAAAUGGGAACAAAGACAAUAGCGAUCAUGAUACUGGAUUUACAGUCCACAGCAUAGAUACGAACUACGGUGAUCAAAUUGUUAUAUUGGAGCACCGCAAGACAAAGAAGGUUGUGGCCAUAGAUGCAAACACAAAAAAUUUCAUCACGAAGGAUUCUUCUUCAGUGAAUUUAAGACAGUUAAACAACUUGUCCAAGGUUGAAGAGAAACACCCGGACAUUCUGUUCCAAAAGAUACCGAAGUCAGAGGAAGAUGCGCUGUUUCACUUGAAGCCAUACGAUACGCGAAUGGUUGGAUUUAACAAGGCAGGCGAUCCCAUUGUGAAGACGACUGCUGAUGCAGAAUCCAACAAGGAUGAAUUUCUCUUCAAGAUGCAUUAACUAAAGGGC